AUGACGACUCGACUCUCCAUCGAGGACGUGGCCGAGGAAGUCUUCACCUCUGAGAUCGCCAAAUACACCGAAUAUGGCAUUCCCGUAGGAACUUACGUUCCUGACUCUGAGCUUGCCCCCUCUCGUGCAACCAGUAAGGUCAUCCUUCGCCACCGCCGCCUGGUUUUCUUCACCUUCGACGAGCUGGGAAAUCCCAAAUGGGAAUCCCGCGAGAUCAACUACCUUGGCGAGCCGAUGCGCGAUAUCUGUCCAGGAGUCAUCUUCAGUGCGCGCAACUGCCGCCAGAACAGGAACACCGAUCUGUUCGUCGAAUUCAGGGACCUGAAGGGCGAGGCCUUCGAGCGCGCUGCCUUCAAGUACCUGGCAAAGAAGCACCACCUCAACGAGGACUGGAAUUGGCCUUCUUACAACAUCAUGCGUGCUGAACCAUACCGCCGUGUCCUGCGCCAGAUUCAGGCCAACCGCCUGGAACAAGGUCAAUACCCCGUCCCGACCUUCAAGCGCCAUGGUGUCGACGAUGUCCAGGGCCGAGAGGAAUUCAUGAAGCGUCUGGAAAGUAUCAGGGAUUGGGAGAUGGAGAACCAAUACCUGAUUACAACUCGAUGUGACGCCAACAGCCUCGAGUAUUCCCAGGAGCGCUUCCUGCUCGCCUCCCGAACCGUCGACCUGAUCCAGAAGCUGCUGCACGACACCCAGAUUGCGUGCAUUUCAGGCCUCAACGACCCUCCUCCUUAUGCCACACCUAGCCCAACCAAGCCCGGCAAUCCAGAGGAGACUCCGAAAUCCAUUGUCUCACCAUUCACGACUCCAAACGUCCCAUUCUCGACUUUGGUUAAUAAUCAGCAACCCGUGUCAACUCCGACCCUGAAACGAACCCUUCAACGCGCGUUUGGAAUGGAUGUUUCCGCCAGUGACCAUACGCAGUCACUUCAACAGCCCAGCGAGGCUGCUCAACCAGUCCAAGGAUUCCCCGGACGCACUCUGAACUAUGGCACUGGAUCCCUCGGAGGCGAAAUGGCAUGGAUGGCUCAACCCACCUCCGGUUCCCAGAUGGCUGCCACACCAUACUGGCCCCAACCCAGCCCUGUGGACCAGACGGCCAUGGCUCCGUGGCACCCUGCCCACCACAGCACUGGAUAUCCUGGAAGCUCGGUGAGCAUGUUCAUGCGCGGUGCUACCAUCAACCCUCAGGAUGUCCAUAACCGAGCCGAGAGCUCGCACGUGUCGAGCAUCGUCAUUCCCAUUGAUGAGAAUCAGCGGAUUCACAUCGACGUCUCUCGAGAGGGAGUCUCGCCUCUGGAUAGUAUGUAUCCGGGGGAGCCCAGUCUGUAG